CGCGAGGCUGAGCGCAUGGGGUUUAAAGCGGAGAGAGAAGGGAGACAGUGGCGAGAUUUCAAUCAACUCAACAACACAGAUAAAAAAAAUACAGCACACAAGAAGACUUUAUUGGAUAUAGGCCCCUCUCAUCUCACAAAAAUGGCAAAAGGAGACCCCAGGAAGCCCAAGGGCAAGAUGUCUUCUUAUGCCUACUUCGUUCAGACAUGCAGAGAGGAGCACAAGAAGAAAAGCCCUGAGAUUCCAGUCAGCUUUUCAGAAUUCUCCAAAAGAUGCUCUGCAAGAUGGAAGGCAAUGUCCGAUAAAGAGAAAUCCAGGUUUGAUGACAUGGCCAAACAGGAUAAGGUGCGUUAUGAUCAAGAGAUGAUGCACUACAUGCCUGGUGGCAAGAGAGGCAAAAAGAAGGAUCCCAACGCACCCAAGAGACCAUCCUCUGGAUUUUUCCUGUUCUGCUCGGAACAUCGUCCACAAAUCAAGGCUCAGUAUCCCAGCUUGGGCAUCGGAGACGUGGCCAAAAAACUAGGCGAGAUGUGGAACGGCCUCACAGAUGCCACCAAACAGCCCUAUCUGAUGAAGGCCAACAAGCUGAAGGACAAGUACCAAAAGGAUGUUGCAGACUACAAGACGAAGGGCAAGGCUGGGGGGGUGUCCAUGGGCAUGGGAAUGAUGGGGAAUGGUAUGGCUCCAAAACCCAUGAUGAAGAGCAAUAUGGAUGAUGAAGAGGAUGAUGAUGAGGAGGAAGACGAAGAAGAGGAUGAUGAUGAAUAUGAUGAUGAAUAGACUGUCAUUUUUGUGUGUUUGAUCAAUUUUGAUUAUAAUAACUUUUUCUCCCCCAUUGAAGUCCAGUAGAUACGGAAUACACAGGUGGUCUUUCAUAGCCCCGUUGUUGUUUUAAUAGAGGUGGAAUGUGUAGUGUGCUGUUGGUGAGAGACUUGCUAACACAGUUUCUUACUUCCAGCUUUGUGUGCGUGCAAGUGCAUGUGCACAUGUGAAGAUCUCACUUCAUCAUGGUAGCCCAGUGUCUUCCUAGCCCAUCUUUGUUACCUUUUACCAAUUGUAUAACAAACAGCCUUUAAACAAGUAAUACCCUUCCUGUAUAUGUAAAUCCCUGACCUAUAUAUUUUUUGUUUGUUUGUUUAAGAGGUUCCUGAGUGUGUAGCUCUGUAUAUGGUUGACAUUGAGUAGAUAUUGUUUAUGAUCGUAGUAUGUUGCUUGUGGAAAGGUGUCAUAGUUUGGAACUGUGCACCGACAUCGGACAUUUCA